AUGCAGCGGUUCAGGUGGAUGCGGAACACGCCGCUCAGGCGGUACGCCAAAUUGGGUAGCCAAUUUUGGGGUAAUAAAAUGGGCGGAAAAGUGAGCAGCAAAACGGAAUGCGCAGUGAACGGCACACCCCUCUGUAGACAUUUCUCAACCAGCGAAAGCGCCAACUUGAAAAAGAAUCCUGCCACUGGGACCAAAGGACCAGGAGAUGCAACUGCUGCAAAUAAAAGAGACAAUAAGGGGAGUAGCAUGAAGAUGGGAAAAAUAUCACAAGUCAUAGGAGCCGUGGUGGAUGUCGAAUUUGAGGACACCCCCCCGUCCAUUCUAAACGCACUAGAAGCAGAACUGGAUGAUAAAAAAAUAAUUUUAGAAGUUGCACAGCAUCUGGGCAAUAAAGUGGUGAGGACCAUCGCCAUGGAUGCAACCGAUGGCCUGGUUAGAGGACAAAAGGUAUUAGAUAGUGGUAAACCAAUAUCAGUACCUGUAGGAAAAGAAACGCUUGGAAGGAUUAUGAAUGUCAUUGGGGAACCCAUUGAUGAAUGCGGAAAUAUAAAAUCAGCCAAAACAUUACCUAUACAUAGGGACCCACCUUUAUUCACAGACCAGAGUACAGAACCUGCUCUUCUAAUCACAGGCAUUAAGGUAGUCGAUCUAAUUGCACCAUACGCUAAGGGAGGUAAAAUAGGUUUGUUUGGUGGUGCAGGGGUGGGGAAAACGGUACUCAUUAUGGAAUUAAUUAAUAACGUAGCUAAGAAACAUGGAGGGUAUUCUGUCUUUGCUGGAGUGGGGGAGAGGACAAGAGAAGGAAAUGAUUUGUAUCAUGAAAUGAUAACUACUGGAGUGAUUAAGAAAAAAAAAAUCGGAAAUGGAGAAUAUGAUUUUAAUGGGUCAAAAGCUGCUCUGGUAUAUGGACAGAUGAAUGAACCCCCAGGAGCUCGUGCAAGAGUUGCCCUAACUGGUUUAACCGUAGCAGAAUAUUUUAGAGAUGAAGAAAAUCAGGAUGUGUUACUUUUUGUGGAUAAUAUAUAUAGGUUUACUCAAGCAGGAUCUGAAGUGUCCGCUUUGUUAGGUCGUAUACCUUCCGCAGUCGGAUACCAACCUACUUUAUCUACUGACUUAGGAGCUCUACAGGAGAGAAUUACCACAACGAAAAAUGGAUCCAUCACAUCUGUUCAAGCUGUUUAUGUACCUGCAGAUGAUCUGACAGACCCUGCACCUGCAACCACCUUUUCUCAUCUUGAUGCAACCACGGUGCUGUCAAGAUCUAUAGCUGAGUUAGGUAUUUAUCCUGCUGUUGACCCAUUGGAUUCAACCUCCCGUAUGUUAACGCCAGAUAUUGUGGGUGCAGAACAGUACGAAGUGGCCAGAAAUGUACAGCAGAUCUUACAGGAUUAUAAAUCACUACAAGAUAUUAUCGCUAUAUUGGGAAUAGACGAACUGUCUGAACAGGAUAAACUAACCGUCGCCAGGGCAAGGAAGGUACAAAGAUUUCUCUCGCAACCAUUUGCCGUGGCUGAAGUGUUUACUGGUAAACCGGGUAGGUUUGUCGAGUUGGAAGAUACCAUCAAGGGAUUUUCAGAGUUACUCAAGGGCAACUGUGACGAUCUGCCAGAGAUGGCCUUCUACAUGGUGGGCGACCUGGAGGAAGUCAAGUCCAAGGCCGUUGAGAUGGCCAAGCAGGUGUCCUGA